AGCAGCUGAGGAACUCAGUAAAGCCUGCUCCAAACUUCUCAGCUGUUGACAGGCUUGACUUGCUGAGAACACUGGUUAAAUAUAGCACAAGCGAGCUGAGCUCAACAAAGUCAUUGCUGUAACACUGUGUGAAGAGACCAGAAGAGGGGAAAUACAAUCUGAGAACUAAACUGCCAAAGCCUAACACCACCUAGCAACAGUUGAAAAAACUUUUAAACAAAAGUCUGGGUGAGACACAGACAGAGUAUACCUCCUACUUCUUCUGCCUGGGAUUUCUGCUGAAGCAACUCCGGUCCUUAGUACUCUGCCCUGCUUCCUUCAUUACUUCAGCUGCUGGUAGACCCAGAAAAGUGGGAAAAGUUCCUGUCUUUGUGUUCUCUUGGGCUGGAUCAGGCUACUGCUGUGGGACAAGCUACUGCAAUCUUGCAGUGCAAAGGAUAUAUCCUAAGUUCCUGCUGACAGGGAGCAGCAGGGAUUCCAGUCAGCCCCAGGUGGGAGCAGCAGAGUGAUGGCACAGGGACAACUCCAUCCUCGACCCAUUCCUCCCCCGUGCAGAACUAGAUUCUAGCAAAGCCCCUGCCCUGGAAGCAUCCCUCAACACAGGUAGGGAUGAGAUCCCGAAACCAAGGCGGAGAAAGCUCGUCUAAAGGGCACUUGUCCAGUUCCAGGCCUGUCAUCAGCCAUGCAGAGAACGAAAAACUCCAGGAUGAUGCCAAGAAAAAGAACAAACCUCAUCGGAAGGAAGAUGAGGUCAUGGUUUCAGCAACUGUCAAACGGCACUCAAAAUCACCUGGACCUAGUGAGCGAAAGAACAAGAAGUCCAUAGAGUUUUCUAAAGAGGACUUGAUAAAACUCCUCAGUAUAAUGGAAGGAGAACUACAGGCAAGGGAGGAUGUGAUCCACAUGCUGAAGACAGAGAAAACCAAACCUGAAGUUUUAGAAGCUCACUAUGGUUCUGCAGCUCCAGAGAGUGUGCUGAGAGUGCUACACAGGGAUGCCAUCCUCGCCCAAGAAAAAUCUAUAGGAGAAGAUGUCUACGAGAAACCAAUUUCAGAGCUGGACAGGCUUGAAGAAAAGCAGAAGGAGACAUAUCGACGCAUGCUGGAACAGCUCCUUUUGGCAGAAAAAUGCCAUCGCCGCACAGUUUAUGAGCUUGAAAAUGAGAAGCAUAAACAUACAGAUUACAUGAACAAGAGCGAUGACUUUACCAACCUCUUGGAGCAGGAGCGAGAGAGAUUGAAGAAACUUCUUGAGCAGGAGAAGAUCUAUCAAGCCCGAAAGGAGAAAGAACACACAAAGAGACUCAAUAAACUAAGAGAAGAACUAGUCAAGCUCAAAUCGUUUGCACUGAUGCUGGUGGAUGAGAGACAAAUGCAUAUUGAACAACUUGAUCAACAAAGCCAGAAAAUACAAGAUUUAAAUCAAAAACUAAAGGAAGAAGAAGAAAAGCUUAAAAUUGUUACUGCAAAAGCAAAAGAAGAUGGACAAAAGCUGAUGCGGUUAGAAACGGAACUUGAACACAAAACAUCGUCAUUUUCUCAGGAACAUGAGGAGAUGACUGCUAAACUGGCUAAUCAGGAGUCACAUAAUAGACAGCUAAGGCUCAAGUUGGUUGGGUUGACUCGCAGAAUAGAGGAGCUAGAGGAAACAAACAGAAGUCUUCAAAAAGCUGAAGAGGAACUUCAGGAACUAAGAGAUAAAAUAGCAAAAGGGGAAUGUGGGAACUCUAGUUUAAUGGCAGAAGUUGAAAACCUCCGCAAGCGUGUACUUGAAAUGGAGGGAAAAGAUGAAGAGAUCACAAAAACCGAAUCCCAGUGUAAAGAGCUGAAAAAUAAACUGCAAGAGGAAGAGCACCAUAACAAAGAGUUGAAACUUGAAGUGGAAAAGUUGCAGAAGAGAAUGUCAGAACUAGAGAAACUGGAAGAGGCUUUCAGUAAAAGUAAGUCUGAAUGCACUCAGCUACACUUAAACUUGGAGAAAGAGAAGAAUUUAACUAAGGAUUUGAUAAAUGAAUUGGAACUGGUGAAGACUCGAGUGAAAGACCUUGAGGCAUCAGAAAGCAAGUUGGAAAAAGCUGAAAUAAGCUUAAAAGAUGACCUAACAAAGCUGAAGUCAUUUACCGUAAUGUUGGUUGAUGAACGGAAAAAUAUGAUGGAAAAAAUAAAACAGGAAGAAAAAAGAGUUGAGGGUCUAAACAAGAAUUUUAAAGUUGAACAAGGGAAAGUUAUGGAUGUAACAGAGAAACUGAUAGAAGAAAGUAAGAAAUUUUUGAAAUUGAAAUCAGAAAUGGAGGAAAAGGUGUCUGUUUUGACGAAAGAAAGGGAUGAGUUAGUUGUUAAACUGAAAAGUGAAGAAGAAAAGUCCUCAGAACUGAGCUGUCGAUUUGAUCUGUUAAAGAAAAGAAUUGAUGGUAUGGAGGAAGUGGAGAGAGAAAUUACAAGAGGUCGAGCCAGAAAAGGACCAGAGCAUGGCUGUCAGGAGGACAACAAGAUUAAGGAACUCACUAUUGAAAUUGAAAGACUGAAAAAACGGCUCAAACAAUUGGAAGUGGUUGAAGGAGAUUUGAUGAAGACAGAAGAUGAAUACGAUCAGCUAGAGCAGAAAUUUAGGACUGAGCAAGAUAAAGCUAACUUACUUUCUCAACAGCUGGAAGAGAUGAAGCUCCAGAUUGCCAAAAACAAAGCAAUAGAAAAAGGUGAAGCAGUGAGCCAGGAGGCAGAGUUGAGGCACAGGUUUCGUCUGGAAGAGGCUAAAAGCAGAGAUUUGAAAGCAGAAGUUCAAGCUCUUAAGGAAAAAAUCCAUGAACUGAUGAACAAAGAAGACCAGCUUUCUCAGCUCCAAGUGGAUUAUUCAGUUUUGCAGCAAAGGUUUAUAGAAGAAGAAAACAAAAACAAGAGCAUGGGGCAGGAAGUUCUGAAUCUAACGAGAGAGUUAGAACUUUCUAAGCGUUACAGCCGUGCUCUAAGGCCCAGCAUAAAUGGACGAAGAAUGGUUGAUGUUCCUGUGACAUCCACAGGUGUGCAAACAGAUGCUGUGAGCAGUGAAGCAGCAGAAGAAGAAACUCCAGCUGUGUUUAUACAGAAAUCCUUCCAGGAGGAGAACCACAUAAUGAGCAAUCUGCGACAGGUAGGUCUGAAAAAACCUAUGGAGCGUUCUUCAGUGCUUGAGAGAUACCCUCCAGCAGCAAAUGAACUUGCAAUGAGGAAAUCUUGGAUACCGUGGAUGAGAAAGAGGGAACAUGGGGCUCAGGCAACUCCAGACAAAGGAGCCCGAGCCCACAGUGGCACAGCACAUCCUGGGGAGGUUGUCCUUUCACCAAAGCAGGGUCAGCCUCUUCAUAUUCGGGUGACACCAGACCAUGAGAACAGCACAGCUACUUUGGAAAUAACCAGCCCAACCUCAGAGGAAUUUUUUUCAAGUACCACUGUCAUUCCUACUUUGGGAAAUCAGAAGCCACGGAUAACCAUCAUUCCCUCUCCAAAUAUUAUGCCUUCAAAAGGAAAAGGCAGCGAAAGUCCAUUGGGCCCUGACCGUUCCAUGUCUCCAGUCACUAUAACGACAUUCUCCAGAGAAAAGUCUCCAGAGGGAGGCAGAGUACCUUUCGUUGACAGACCCACAUCACCAAUUCAGAUUAUGACAGUAUCAACAUCCGCGGCACCAGCAGAAAUCUCUGUUUCUCCGCAGUCACAAGACAUGACCAUGGGAAGGGCUGUUUUCAAAGUAACACCAGAAAAACAAACUGUCCCAUCUCCAAUCCGUAAAUACAACACCAACGCCAAUAUUAUUACAACAGAAGACAACAAAAUCCACAUCCAUUUGGGUUCCCAGUUUAAGCGCUCUCCUGGUGCUGCACCAGAUGGUGCAAGUCCUGUGAUAACAGUCCGACCAGUGAACAUAGCAGCUGAAAAAGAAGUUGUCACUGGUACUGUCCUACGGUCACCCAGGAACAACCUGUCCUCACGGCCUGCAGCAAGCAAGGUGACAAGUACUAUCACUAUAACACCUGUAACUACGUCCUCCACACGAGGAACGCAGUCCGUGACAGCACAGGAUGGGUCAUCCCUGAGACCUACACCCACCCGUAUUCCCGUGUCAAAAGGUAUGAAAGCAGGAAAGCCAGUAGUGGCAGCCUCAGGAGCAGGAAAUGUGACAAAAUUCGAGCCUCGUGCCGAGACUCAGUCUAUGAAAAUAGAACUGAAGAAAUCUUCAGCCAGUGGCUCUGGCUCCCUGGGCGGGGGUCAGGGCUGAUGGCAGGUUCAGGGGAGAGUGUCAUCAUUCACCAGUUACGCAUGAGCUCUAGAUGAGCUACCAGCACCCCAGUAUUCUCUCUGUGUGCACUACCCUCCUUACCAGUUGGACGGAUCACUGUAGAAGCCCUCUACCAUCAACACCAGGGUCACUUGUGCUACUGAUUAUUCAUGGGAGUAUUUACUGCUUCCAUUAGAUUUUAUGUAUUCUUGGUAGAGCUUUAAGAACGGUAUUUUGAUACAGCCAGAGGGAGAGAAGCAGUCUUUCUGCCAGCUGAAUUUCACUUUUAUUUGCGAAGCCUGAGGCACGUGCUUGAUUUUGUUUGCCAUAUAAUUUAUUUUUUUAAAUACACUUUGUAAAGUAACUGUCCCAAAGUUCCAAUUCCUGUUGUCCGUGGUGCAUUUGUUUGUAGAAUACACUGUUAAAAUUUGCAAUUUGAUAUUUUUGUAGAGGAGAGAAUGUAAAGAAAUGAAAAAAUAAUUUCAACAGUAUUUUCUGUUUAAAUGGAAAAAUACUCGGCGCAAUUUUUUGCUACCAUUCGAUUCUGUGAGACUAAAUACUCUGAUGACUGCUGUAUGGAAUUUCUACUAUUGCAGAAUAUGUCUUGCACUGUGUGAUGGUUUGGCAUAAAAUUAAGUAUAAAGUCCAAUGCCUUGAAAUACAACUAGAUUUACUCAUUUUAGACGAUGUAAGCCAGUUUUUAAAGCUGUGAUUUUUUUCUAUAUAAUGUAUGUUUUUACUUACGCCUGUACCAAAAAAAAAAAAGUUGAUUUUCAUUACACUGUAACUAAUAAAUUUUCACAACUAUGCAAAUGUAAUCAAGUGUUUCAAUUUUAAAUUAAUUUUCUAAAGUUGGCAGUAUUUGUGUGUCUUUGUGUGUAGGGACAGAAUGUACAGCUUUGGAAGUUAAUUUUUCUGACUGCUUUCCACUGCGGUCUCACAGUGAUGUGCGUAGUAAAACUGGUUCUAAUAUUGUUUGUGAUACAAAGAGGGAUCUGUCACCAAGUGCUUAAUGACAUCAUUGUUUCUAACCUGUAACUCUCACUGCACUGGCAGAUACAUUUGCUUGACAUGAUCAGAUUGUUCAGUGCAAGACUAAUGGAACUGUAUAAAUGAGAUGCCAUGUGGUGAACUGUGCAUUUUACACUGGCAGCUUUUCAAAUAGCACCCAGAGAGCUCUGUGGCAGCUAUACUUAAAAUGAUGUUUGAAUGAACUACACGUAAAGCUGGAUAAAACCCUUGUGGGGUGAGUUUUUUUCUUAUACAGUUCAUAAUUAAUUGUUUUUAAUCAAGUCAUUGGCACAUAUUUAAAAUGCUACUUAUUUAAAUUGUAGAUGCUACUGGGAUAAACUGUUUUUUAGAAGAGAAAACAGUAUUGCUUGCAGGAGAUGCAAUGUGGGAUGCCAGAAAAAGUGCAUUAACUCAGUGUCCUACUGAGAAGAGUAGGCCAGUUACCUUUGAAGCUGGAAUAAUGCAGCAGUAUGUAGUCAAUUUGAUCUUUGUGGUUUGGUUUGCUUGCCAACCAUGGGAGCUGUUGGCUCUUCUUGAUAUGAGCUCUGCACUUAGUACUGAAAUUCUAGAGAACCAGGACAAUCUGGGCCUGGAUGGAGUUUUGUGGAGCUGAUCUGCACUGGGAAGAGUUAGCUGACAUGCAAGGGAGCUACUGGAUAAUCUAAACAAAACAAAUGCUGUUUCUGCUUGCAAAACUCACUUCCUGGUAUAGCUUUUCACUACACCAAAGCUUCAGCUGGUGCACCAAGUUUGUUAAGAAGGCUUGUGGUGUUUUUUUGUUUUUUUUUUGUUUUUUUGUUUUUGUUUUUUUACAUCUGAUAAUGUGUGCCAAUAAGCAUAGCUGUGUCUAUAAGCAGUAUUUUAGAGUGAGUUCAAUAUUCCAGCUUUCAUAGAAUAAUAAAUUCAGAGCAUGUUUAAGCGUGUGCCACAUUUCAAUUUGCGGUGCAGUAGAAUGAAUGUAGUACUGACCCCAAAUCUCCUAUUUUCAAAACACCACCUGUGAAUCAAGAACUAUCCAUGAGUUCACCUGGAAUGAAACUGCCCUGUAUUUGAAAGUGACACUGACAAGCCUGACGUGAACUUUUAAUAUGGGUAAAAUCUAAGUACAGUCAUACUUCAAAGUUGAGUCUGGAUUUGAAAAGUCCCAAUCAAGGAAUAAAGUAUUUUUCCUUGUCUGGAUUUUAAUAUAAAGCUGAUUCAGUAUGAGUGUAUGCAUAAGCUGUCCUCUGUUGUUUUAUGAUCCCUAAACAAAUACACAGACAUUUACGGCUUCGCAAAUGCAUUAAGUUUUUAAGCUUUUAAAAAAUAAAGAUUUGUUUAAAGCAUUAA